UUUUGGGCUGAAGAACUAUAGCUAAUUGUAACUAAACACGGCCACCUACACAUUAUGAUAAAGUUGUUUAUUUCCAUAACAGGAGUAAUUUUUGUAUAAUUCUAAAUAUUGUGUAAUAGACUAACCCUAAAAAAGUCACAAUAGGGAAAACGGCAAUCCAAGUUGGUGAGAAUAAUAACACAAAUUUUUUGUUUUGAUGUAACAAUUUUCUUGCCCUGGACCUGCUCUCAAGAGUUCAUGUUUUGUGUUGCCUAUGUAUGGGAUGUAAUGUUGUUACAUCACUUACGCUGCCAACAGCAGCAUCCAUAGCUCGAAGGGGACGCCUUUGAGGAGCAUCAACGAGAGCUUGGCCAUAUUGUGCACCCAGCUUGUCGUAAAUCGUCUGCGUCACACCUACACCGGCGUUCUCAGUUAAAGCAAUAAAAUAGGACAACAAAAUAAAUACGGACUACAAGUAAAAACGUUACAGGUUAUACAUUUACAGCCUUUCGUCUGGGAAAAUGGUUAAAUUGGGGAAUAAUUUCAGUGACAAAAACAACGCCAAAGCCGUCUCAGAAGAUGGAUUCGACACCAUUCCCCUUAUAACACCCUUAGAUGCCAGUCAACUGCAGUUCCCUGCACUCGACAAGGUGGUGGUAAAGACCAAAACAGACUAUGAUGGGGGGAACAAGAAGAGCAGGCUGCGGUCCCCAAAAAUAGCAGAAUUCUCAAUAAGCAUAAUCGAAGGGGUAUCUGAACGACUCAAAGUCACUUUGCUGGUGAUUUGUGCUUUGGCGUUUCUGGUUUGCGUGGUGUUUCUGGUGGUCUAUAAAGUCUACCAGUAUGAGCAGCCCUGUCCAGAUGGCUUCAUGUAUGUGCAAGGUCGGUGCAUGCCAACGGGGAUGUACGGUUACUACCCCCCUGGCGGGCGCGGGCGUCUCUUCACCAUCAUCAACCACUACAACAUGGCCAAGCAGACCAUCACCCGGUCCGUGUCCCCGUGGAUGACCGUCAUGUCUGAGGAGAAGGUCACCCAGCAAGAGACAGAGACCCACCAGAAGCUGGCCUAACGCACUGGGCUGUAUUCAGAGGUGAAACGUUAAGAAUGUUACAAAUAGAACUACAAUAAAUAGAGCUCACCUGAUGCCCAAUUCAACAUGAGCGAUAAUCACAUCUGUUCUACAAAAUGUAUUUCUAAUCUGAGUGUUUUGUAACGUUGCACCCUUCUGAACAGACCCUAGGAUCACCAUCCAGCCGUGUGAAAAAUAGUAUACACGGUGCCGUUCAAGCAAACCCGAAAUCUGGAAAAAAACGUUCUUUAGCUAAAAUGGUUGUUCUUGGGCUACGCCAGUUUUAACCGAUAUGAUAUAACUGCAAUGUAUCAGGCAUAAUGUGUUUUAAUCAGUGAAAUUAUUUGACAAAUGCAUUUGUGUAAGCACAGACAGGAACUGUGGUUGGAUGGGUAUCUGGUUUGUUUGAAUACAUACACAAACAAGUCUUGCCACACAGACAGACACUUGUUGACAAAACAUCUUUGUACAUAAACAUAAUGGGGAAUAAAAUCUCACUUCAGUACACCACAUAUAAACUGACAACCAUUCUAGUGUCUGCAGCGCUGGUUUAAACACAUGCACGGUUCAUUUUGUAAGCUUCUGCAUUUCACACAACCAUACUUUGUCUUCAUUACUACAAAACAUUUGAAUUACUGUCAGAUCAUGUGCCAUUUAACCCUUGAGAUACAGAAAUGUAUAACGUUUUGCUCCUAGACUGUUUUGCCUCUCCCAUUUGUGGAUGAAUGGGUGUGUGUGACUCACUUGAAGAUGCAUUUUAAAUGACUUUAAUUGACUCCUCCAUUUGUGUAGAGGACUUUUUAAAUUCUGACUCUUGUCCAAUAGGAAAAAAGGGCGGUACUACCUAAACUAGUCCAAUAAGAAAUGCUCAUUUUUGUUUUCCAUUUCAAAAGGCCUGAAUUCAACACAGGUAUGAUGUUCUUUAUAUUUAUCCUGCAUAAUUGAACCCUCUGUAGUUUAUCCUUCUCCACAUGCAGCACUUAGAGCUCUUCUUUAUUGGGAACUACACUAUUUGAUCAGGCACUAUGUCAAUGCCUUCAUAAAGCAUGGGAAUGCUUAUUGUCACUGAAUAGCAUAUCCUGUUUUCUUCUCGUUGCUAUUGAAUGUAAACGUGUAAUGCUAUAUGAAUAGGAUUCUGUAGCUGUCAGUCACCAUAGAACGCAGUCAAGUCAAAGUGAUGUGUAGUAGAACUCAAGAACUCUAAAAAUGAAACCUCUGAAAGGAGUGAUUAAUACAUUGCUUUUCUUUUCAACAUAUGUCAUUUACGAGUAAUGCCUUCUGUUCUCACUGAUUUUUUUAUACAAUGACGUAAACAGAAGUACAUUUGAUGCUGUUUUUUUGUUGUUGGGACAAAUGAGUAAUAGGCUUUGAGCUGGAAACCAAUGUAAACAAAUAUCUAUUAAAAUGCACACAUUUCAAAAACA